AUGCCAUCCAUCACAUUUCGUCACAAAUCUGGCAAAUAUGUUGGAACAAUUGACAUGGAGGGUCAGGUCCUGACCUGUCGCGAGAUCCAGGAGGCUGUGGCGGCGAAGCUCUCCGCGCCGCCGGAAGAGAUUCGCGUCUUUAUGGCCGACAGCACUGAUUUGCUUCACCCGAAGGAGGAUAUCCCCGCCUACGCCGUGGUGGAUGUAGUUCGGCAGGUCUCUUCGGGGCCUUCCUUCGCACCGCGGCCACCGGGGCCGGGACCAGGACUCCCGAAAAGAGCCCGUUGGGAGGAUCUCGAGGCGCCGGCGUCGCGGCUGGAGCUCCGUUCACAGUCGCUGACGGAAGAGGAGCGCCUCGCCCAGCUUCAGGCCGAGGUCGGCGUCGACACCGGCGUGGUGGAUUUAGGAGAGCGGGGCCGACGCGGGCGGGGUGGUCCCACGAACCCCCUCCCCAGCUCCGAGGGUCACUGGAAGGAGGACCAUUUCAAACCCCCUCCUCGGGGCUACAUCUGCCAUAACUGCGGGAAAGGAGGGCACUACAUUCAGCACUGCCCCUCCGCCAAAGGCGGAAAGUACAUGCGGAUGCUCUCCCUACCAGUCGGGAUCCCUGAGAGCAUGCUGGUCGAGUGCGCCAUGGACGACCCGGCGCCGAAGUUCAUCACGAGGGACCACCGCUUGGUGAAACGACGCGUAGACGCCUCGGCCUUCAGCGAGGUGACCUUUAUUUCAACCGGCUCCGGCGGCGAAUCAACUAAGGUUGUUGAGGACUCCGAGGGAGACCCUGCGGCGGGCGGCGAUAUGGAGCCGAAGACACCAGGCUCCACACAUCAGGCGGAUACAACCUCCUCAGCGGAUGCCCCCGCAGUCGAGGGGUCAUCACGCGAUCCCAUAGAUCAGGGAAACCAACUAUCUAGAAAACUGGCUGCUUAUAAGUGUAUCGUUGACGGUAGGGUCUCGGUAGAGUCAAUGAAGGUGCCAUGCUGCAAACAUCUUCUUUGCAAGAGUUGCUUUGACAAAAUGGUAGAAGACGCCUUUGCUGAGACUGUUGAUGUUGUUGACGGGGAUGGCCUUUCCUGUCCCCAUUGUCACGAACCUCUCAUUCUUGAUGAUGUAGUGCGGGCCACAGAAGAGGAAACAGUUAUUUCAGAGUUGCUAAAAAUCUUUUGA